GAGGAUGUGAGGGAGGGAGUGAUGGAAGGAGGAGUCUGGAGCUCCAUCCCCUGACUCCGUGUGUGGGAGAGCGAGAGAGAAAGGGAAAAGGAGGUAGGGCGGGGGGGCCAAGUGAGGGCUGGAGACAGUGGGAAUGGAUGGGCAAUGAGAGCCCGUGCGAGCGAGCGAGAGAGGAAGAGGGAGCGCGUGUAUUCCAGGAGUCAGCAGCGGGGACACAGAAAGUCUUCAAGCUCACAUCAUCAAGAUAGCGCGGCGGGCAGAGCAGACUGAAGAGUAGCGCACACAGAGGGAAGGAAGAAUUAGCAGAAGAGGAGAAAGCCCUCCACUGGUUUUGCCCUCUCCGCUCGUCAGUCAUGAUCCCUUGGGUCCUUCUGAUCCUGUGGAUCUCCGGACAUGGGGUGAGGGCCAUGUUUUCCCAACAGCCUCAGGAUCUGGUGGUUGUGGCGGGCCAGCCUGUAACCUUACCAUGCUCAAUCCCCGGAUAUCACGGCAUCCUCCUGUGGAUCAAGGAUGGGCUUGCACUGGGAGUGGGCAGAGACCUGUCUGGCUAUCCACGUUACACAGUGAUUGGCGACCACGGUUCAGGGGAGCAUCACUUACGAAUCCAGCGUGUCGAGCUGAUGGACGACGCCGUGUUUGAGUGCCAGGCCGUGCAGGCUGCCAUGAGGUCCCGUCCUGCCCGACUCACUGUGCUGGUUCCCCCAGAUGAUCCGGUCAUCGGUGGAGGCCCGGUUGUGAGCCUACGGGCCGGUGACCCCCUUAACUUGACCUGCCAUGCUGACAAUGCCAAACCGGCAGCAUCGAUCAUCUGGAUGCGUAAUGGAGAGGUCCUUAACGGGGCCAUGUACUCCAAGGUAAGCAUAGAGGCUUUGGUGCGGGACGGCAGGAGAGAGAGCACAGUGAGCACGCUCUAUCUAUCACCUUCCAACAUCGAGACCGGUCAGCAGAUCAUUUGCAGGGCUUCCAACAAGGCAGUGCCCAACGGCAAGGAGGCCAGUGUUACGAUUGACAUUCAACAUCUCCCACUUGUCAAUCUCUCUGUGGAGCCUCAAGCUGUUCUGGAGGGCAGCCUUGUGAGAUUCCACUGCUCUGCUAAAGCCAACCCUCCUGUUACGCUCUACAGAUGGGCCAAGGGAGGAAGCGUAAUCAAGGAGGUCUCCGGAGACACGUAUGAGGUCAUAGUGGACCACUCCUUCUUUACCGAACCAGUUUCCUGUGAGGUUACCAAUUCUCUUGGCAGCACCAAUGUCAGCCGCAAUGUUGACGUCUACUUUGGUCCUCGCAUGGCAGCAGAGCCUCAGUCCUUGCAGGUUGACCUUGGUUCAGACGCCGUGUUCAACUGUGCCUGGACUGGAAAUCCGUCCCUCACAAUCGUGUGGAUGAAAAGAGGAUCAGGAGUGGUUCUUAGCAACGAGAACCUCUUGACACUGAAAUCUGUGAGACAAGAAGACGCUGGGAAAUAUGUUUGCCGUGCCGUGGUCCCACGUGUUGGCGCAGGGGAAAAGGAGGUCUCUCUUACUGUCAAUGGACCUCCAACCAUAUCCAGCACCCAGACCCAGCAAGCACUACAUGGAGAAAAGGGCCAGAUCAAAUGCUUCAUCCGCAGCACACCACCACCAGACCGUAUUGCAUGGUCAUGGAAGGAAACCGUGCUGGAGUCUGGAACUUCUGGCCGCUACACUGUAGAGACCGUCAACACGGAGGAAGGGGUCAUUUCCACUCUCACCAUGAGCAACAUCGUCCCAGCAGACUUCCAGACCAUCUACAACUGCACAGCAUGGAACAGCUUUGGCUCCGACACCGAGAUCAUACGCCUGAAGGAACAAGGUGGGAGCCAAGAAUCCCUCCCGGUGGCUGUGAUCAUCGGCAUAGCAGUGGGAGCUUUCGUGGCCCUUAUUGUCCUAAUGGGCACCAUUGGUGCAUUUUGCUGCACUCGUUCCCAAAGAAAGGAAGCGCACCUGGUUAUGCCCUCACUGCCCGUCUCCAUCUGUGCUCACCAGAGAGAACUUGCAAGCAAAAUUAAGACAGAAAAUCUGAAAGGAGUCGUGUCGGCGAAAAAUGACAUCCGGGUGGAGAUUGUGCACAAAGACCAUAACGCGGCGAGAGAGAACGAAGAGCACAGCUCCAUGAAACAACUGAUGGUGAGUGUUGAACGGGGAGAGUUUCAGCAGGAAUCUGUUCUAAAGCAGCUGGAAGUGUUACAAGAGGAGGAGAAGGAGUAUCAGCACAUAAAGGACCCAACAAACGGCUAUUACAGCGUCAAUACCUUCAAAGAGAACCACACUCCCACCAUGUCAGGAAAUCAGACCACCGAAGUGAGGAACCCAAGCAGCACUGGAACCCUGGGCAAGCAGCGGGUACCGACGGGCAUGUCCUUCACCAACAUCUACUCCACUUUGGGAGCGGGCCCUAACCGCUUGUACGACUACAGCCAACGCUUCGUGCUGGGGAUGGGCAGCAGCUCCAUCGAGCUGUGCGAGCGAGAGUUCCAGCGCGGCUCGCUCAGCGACUCCAGCUCUUUUAUCGACACACAGUGCGACAGCAGCAUCAGCAGCUACAGUAAGCCGGACGGCUACGUGCAGUUCGACAAAGACAGCAAGGCGUCGGCCUCCUCUUCCUCCCACUAUUCCCAGUCGUCCUCGCAGAACUCUGACCUCACCCGUCCCCUUCAGAAGCGCAUGCAGACCCAUGUCUGACCUUCUCGGGAAGGAGGGUGUUGUUAGGGGGUAUCCAGCAGCCAGGAUUGUAAGACUUUUAUAGAGUGCGCCACCAGGAGACCCUAAAGCAUCUGUGCUAUGAAUUGUUUCCUAUGGACGCCAGAAGAUGCUGGGGACACUUGUCUUAGUGCCCUGUGAGACUUGUUUUGACUUAUUAGUUUCCCAAAAAGAAAAAAAAA